AUGAGGGCCCCCCUUGUGCGUUUCCUGUUGGGCCCUUCUAAGGGCUCGUCGCUGCCGUGCGGCGGUACCGCAGCAACAGGAGCAUGCGCCUACCGCACUUGGGCGGCAACGACGUCAUAUUGCAAGCCAACAACUGCAGCAACAGCGGCGACACCGCCAGCAACAGAGCCGCCAUUAACGGGCAUUCGAGCGUCUAGAAGUCCGUUCAGCAGCAGCACCAGCGAGAGUCUUAAACAGCCGGAAAAUUCUGCAGCAGCUGCUGUGCGUGCGGCAGUUGAAACACUGCAGGAGCAACUCAUGGCAGCAGCAGCGGAGAAGCAAAAGCGGUUGCAGCGCAUACGAGCUGAGUACGGGGCUGUGAAGAUCGGGUCAGUGACCCCUGUGAACGUCAUUGGUGGCAUGAGGGGCCUCACGGCGCUACUGACAGAAACGUCUGUUCUCGACCCUGAGUUGGGUCUUCGGUUACACGGCACUGCUAUGCGGCAACUGCUGCUGCAGGAUUUGCCCAAGAUGCAGGCGAGCCACGCCUAUCCGUCGGUGGAGGCUCUCCUUUGGUUUUUGCUUACAUCUAAGGUGCCUACCGAGUCCGAGGUCUCUUUGCUGCACCGUUGUCUGUAUGAGAUGACAGUACCUGCCGCUGCUGCUACUGGGUCUCGAGCUGCUGCUGCCACUGCUGGGGAUGCUUCUGCUAAAGCGCCAACGCAUCUCGGAAGCUACACUGACGAGCGUUUCUUGAGAGUGCCUGCUGCAGUGCCUGCGAUAUUAGAUGCCCUGCCGGCCGAUGGUCACCCAAUGGCAGCGUUUGCUGCUACAGCUGCUGCCCUCUCAGACUUCUCAUUCUUCAGAGCAGCAACAGGAAACGGCUCCGUGGGGAAAAAAGAAUUCUGGAAGCCGGCGCUUGUCGACGCGCUCGCUCUGGUAGCGCGCGCAGCGGUGACGGCUGCUCACAUCUACAGGAGAAAAUUUGGCGACGGCUGUGUGCCGUGCCCCGACCCUAAACUUGAUUUUGCAGCGAACUUCGCACGAAUGCUAGGCCUUGAGGGACAGCAACAGGAGGAGCUUCUGCGCCUCUACCUGCUGCUGCAUGCAGAUCAUGAAGGGGGCAACGUUUCUGCCCAUGCUGCUCACCUUGUUGGCUCUGCCCUAGCGGAUCCUUUCGCUGCCUUUGCUGCCGGCAUGUGUGGACUUGGCGGCCCACUUCAUGGAUUGGCGAAUCAGAUGUGCUUGGCCUGGCUGCGGUCUGUUCAAAGACAGCUGCAGGGGUCACCGCCCACAAAGGAAAACAUCCGAGAGAUAGCCAAGGCAACGCUGAAGGCAGGAGGCGUUAUUCCUGGAUUUGGGCAUGCGGUCCUCAGGGUGACUGACCCCAGGUUCACCCUACAGCGCGAAUUUGCUCUGAAACACAUUCAGCACGACCCCCUGUUCCAGCUUCUUGAAGUCGUCCGUGAGGUCGUUCCAGAAACGCUGUCCGGAAAGGUGUCCAACCCCUACCCCAACGUCGACUGCCACUCGGGGGUUCUAUUGCAAGCCUUCGGUUUGAAACAGGAGAACUUCUACACGGUCCUCUUCGGAGUGUCACGCUCUCUUGGCAUUGCCGCUCAGUUUGUCUGGGCUCGCGCACUGGGCCUUCCCAUUGAGCGCCCAAAAUCUAUAACCCUCAAUUGCUUAGAACAACUGUGCGUAGGCCAGAAAGAAUAG